CUUUGCUGUUAAGAUUCUCUCUCUCUCUCUCUCUCUCUCUCUCUAAAAUUCUGUGUUGGGGUUUUAGUUAGGGCUUCGCUUCUUCUUGUUCUUGUACCUUUGCUUUUUCACCUGUGUUUCCGCAAAUCCUUCUGUUCUGUUCCUUAAAUCCUAAACCUAAACAACAACAACGUUUCUUCUCUCUCUUUGAUUUCGGUUUCAGAAAUUUUGUUUUCUUGAACACUUCAAAAAAAAAAAAAAAAUUCAUUUCCAAACCUCGUUGUACUUCAUUUUAGCUUCGUUGUUCUUUAACGAGCUUGAUUCGUUGGGAUCGGAAACCUUUUCAUUGUGAAUCUGAGGAACACAGCUAGUUUCAGCUCAGCAGGCACAGCCAGUUGUCAGCUGGAAAAAGAUACAUAUGGAGAUUGUUUUUUAUGAUGAAAAUAACGGAAGCACAACAGGGACAAAUGAAAAUGGUUCUCUUCUAAUGCCGGUUUCACCUGAUGAUUCUGGUGAGGGUUUGCCAUAUGCUCCUGUAAAUUGGCCCAAUCGAGGUGACACUUGGACUUGGAGGGUGGGGAAGAGAAUUGCUAGUACUGGACACUAUUUGGACAGGUACCUUUAUCUUCCAAAGCGCCUUUGCCGUCGUAUUGAGAGCUCAUCAAACUCAUCACGUAGGAAACAUGGUUUUGCAAGCAAACUUUCUCUUGAACGGUAUAUCCGAGCAGCAUUCCCUGGUGCUGACGUUGAAGCAUUUUUCAACUCAUUCAGCUGGAAGAUCCCGGCAAAGAAAUCGGCAUUGACAAAUGGUCAUGUGGAACGGCGAAAUUUAUUGACUAUACCUCUUGAAGAGAUGGCAGAAUAUGGUGUGUCUGAUUCCCCAACUGAUACUGGGGGUUGUAAGGCUGGCAAUAAAAUGUGCAGCAGCAUCUUGGAGCAAUCAGAAAAACCACCAUUAGCUGCCAUGCCCUGUGAUAUUUGCUGCAGCGAACCUCGGUUCUGCCAUGAUUGUUGUUGUAUCUUAUGUAGCAAGCUUAUAAAUUCAGAGCAUGGAGGCUACAGUCACAUCAAAUGUGAAGCGGUGGUGGAUGAGGGUUAUAUAUGUGGGCAUAUUGCUCACAUUGACUGUGCUCUUCGAUGUUACAUGGCUGGGACAGUAGGAGGAAGCAUUGGAUUAGAUGCCGAGUACUAUUGCCGUCGUUGUGAUGCUAGAACAGAUCUGGUUUCACAUGCUGCGAGGUUUUUACAAACUUGUGAAUCUAUUGAUUCUCGUGAUGACAUAGAGAAGAUUUUAAGUGUUGGUGUCUGCAUCUUGGGUGGUUCACAGAAAACCAGUGCAAAGAGGUUGCUGAUUCGUUUUGAAUCAGCCAUUGCAAAGCUUCAAAGUGGGACUUCUCUUGAAGAUAUCUGGAAAGUGGAAGACAGCUUCUCAGCAAUUUCCACAGGUGCCUUUGAUCAUGGAAAUGCUACCCUGGAAGUUAUGAAUGACGAAGACCCUUUAAAUGUCAGAACAAGCUCAGGGCACACUUUGUCCAUUGCUUUUGACCAUCAAUCAGAAUCUCUAAGGCUUGAGGAUGAGAUUGAACAAGUUCUACAGGCACUGCGAAAAUCACAGGACUCUGAAUUUAAAAUGGCAGAGGAAAGGCUUCAUGUGCAGAAGAAUUUUCUUCUUAAUCUGUAUCAGCAACUUGAGAAAGAGAGGUCUGAACUAGCACGUUGCGCAUCAUCAGCUGACCCAAAUGCCUUGCUCGAUGCUGUCUUGAAUAGAGUAGAUCAGAUAAAACGGGAACUGAGGAAACUCAAGGAUAUGGAAAGGGUGGCCAAUGGCUUUGGGAAGACUUCUAAAGGAAUCCUUAAGGAACACUUCGGUUUGGAAACUCAGAACUAAACCCUCAAAACUAUACAGUUUAAUUCGUCAUCUGUUCAUCAAAUUUUGAUCUUGAACUGAUCACCUGUAUAUUUGGAGAGCAUAUACACCCUGUCAGUUUUUGGUGGGGUCAUGUAGCAGAGAUACUGCAGAAUCUGCUUGUGCAGCGAUAACAGCACAUCAAAGCGAUGAGAAUUCAGUUUGGAGCUUCUGACUACCCUAAUGCUUAAUUAAACAGUGGUGGAUCCGCAGAAAAACAGUGUAAGAGUUGGCAAAGGGAUUGUGAAAAGAUUACCUGCGAUAUAUUAAAACAACAUUUAGAUUAAAAAACCGGUUGGAUUCAAAUCCUUUUGGCCAUGUUAGACUUUCAAUGAAUUUUUCCCUCACAGUUUAACUAGUCACCAUUUUUCUUGAGUAAACAGCUUGUGGUGGCCAUAGGUAGUAUCUGUAUACAUUAGAUUGGGUUGCAACUUAUGCUUCCAUGGAACGAGAAAGUAUUUCAUGAGACCGUCUCAUGAAACACAUUCUCACAUUCAGUGGGUCUUACACACUUGUGGGAUCCACAUUCUGUGAUGGUGUCUCAUUAGACAAAUUUUCCCAUGGAACAAUAUUUUGAGGUAUGGAUGCAUGUUCUUAGGAGCAACUUAUCAAAUCGAAUGAA